AUGUCGUCGCCGCCGCCCCUCAACACCCCGCUGACCAAGCUGCUGGGGAUCAAAUACCCCAUCAUGCUGGCCGGCAUGGCGCGCACGUCCGGCGGCCCACUGGCGGCAGCGGUGUCGAAUGCAGGGGGGAUUGGCACGAUCGGCGGACUAGGAUACACACCGAAGCAACUACAAGAGAUCAUCGACGAAUUGAAGUCUCACCUGACAGACCCGUCGCUUCCCUUCGGCGUGGACCUCGCUCUCCCCCAGGUCGGCGGCUCCGCCCGCAAGACCAACCACGACUACACACACGGGCAACUCGACGAGCUGAUCGAGGUGACCAUCCGGAAUGGGGCCAAGAUCUUCGUCUCCGCCGUCGGUGUCCCCCCUGGGCGGACGAUCAAGAGACUGCACGAGGCGGGCGUGUUGGUGAUGAACAUGGUGGGCGCGCCCAAACACGCCGAGAAGGCCUUGAAGGCCGGCGUGGAUAUCGUGUGCGCGCAGGGCACCGAGGGCGGCGGCCAUACUGGAGACAUCGCGAACAGUAUCCUCAUCCCCGCGGUGUGUGACGUCGCGAAGAAGUACAAGUCUCCCUUGACGGGGGAGCCCGCGCUGGUGGUCGCCGCGGGCGGCAUCUAUGACGGCCGCAGCCUGGCGAGUUCAUUGAUGCAAGGCGCCGCGGGCGUAUGGGUGGGCACGAGAUUCGUCGCGGCUGAGGAGUCCGGCGCGAGUAGGCUGCACAAGGAAGCCGUGGUGACUGCCGAUUUCACCGACACGCUCCGCACGCUCGUCGUGUCGGGCCGGCCGCUGAGAGUCCGGGUCAACGAGUAUAUUGCCAAGUGGGAGGCUCAGCCGGAGAAGAUCAAGGAGCUGACCGACAAGGGCGUCGUGCCUAUGGCGCACGAUUUGGAACACCAGGAGUCAGAGGUGGAUAUGCCGUUCCUGAUGGGUCAGGUCAGCGGGAUUAUCAAGGAUAUCAAGCCUGCACGGGAUAUUGUGCAUGAGAUGGUCACCCAGGCGGUGGAUAUGCUACGCCUAGGAGCGACGUAUAUCGACGCAGCCGCGCCGCGGAGUAAACUAUGA